AUGUGUAACAAAAUCUUUAAUGAGAAGAACAACAUUUUCCCAUUUCUCUCUCUAUCGUUACCGCUCUCUUCGAGUUAUUCUUGUUCACUAACAAUUGGAUAUAAGCCUUCUUAUAAGAACCGUGAGAGUCAAGGUGAUGCCCAGGAAAGUACUUGUGGACGCAAGCUUAAUGGGAGGCAAGGGGAGACCGUCAUGAUGGAAGUGAAAGUCCUAGCAGAGACAUCAUAUCAUGAAAGUAAAUGGCCUGAACACUCUCCUAGACAUCGGGUUACUCUAAAAAAGUUUCAUGGGAGGUACUCCGAUGAUGAUUCUUCUGAUGGAGAUGACUAUGGCAGCAGAAAAACGGGUCACAAAUGGAAAUCCAAGGGAGGCACAGAUUCAGAAGUCCACGAGCUGGUGGACGAUGAAAAGGACAGGAGAAACCACAUGAGUUCAAGAAAAUACAACAUGGAAGUGUCAUCAGCUGAUCAAGAGGAGAGUCAUGAACAUGAUAGGGUUCAUACAGGUCGUGAUAAGUCAAGAUAUUAG